AUGGCGGCUUCUGACGAUGUGAUCCGCGACUUGCUGGAUGAAGCACGGCAUGGAACGCUACCGUUUCCAUCAGGCAAAUGGAACUCCACGACCAACACUUACGAGAUUUCAGAUGACGGAAAGUUUGAGCAGAAGCUGAUGUCGGGCAAGGUGGGGAAAGGGCAGCUGUGCCCGGAUCCAACCAAUCCUUGGGCUUGGUCUGUCCAAGUGUCUCAAAACGGACAGAAAGCUGGAUGCAUUUUCCUCUGGCUGAAUGUAGAUUGCAAACUCAGGGGCAUCUAUCAACGCCAUGCCGAAGAUCAGAGAACUGCGAAAUCAGUCUGUGAUUAUGCCGGAGGGCCCGUUCUGAUGCGCGAGCUUCGUGCCAAAAGUGCAUGGGCCGACAGCUUGAAAGGAAUCAUGACGUUUGCGACAAGCACAACAACGCACCUCAGCGACAGCAUGUUGACGACAUGCACGGAGGCAGUGCACAAGAUCUUUGACUGGGUGGAUGGGUUCAAUGAGCGCUUUGAAGUGCACAAGAGACAUGCCAAUCCGCUGUUUGAUGCAUUGAUGCAAGAUGUCGCAGAUGCCCUUACCGGCAUGAUCCGCACGGCAAGUGAACAUGACCCCAAGAGAUGCCCUCGCCUUGUCGUCGCCACGCACUUCAUCAGGUGCCUUUUCCAGCGAUGGCCGUAUGUGAGUCGACCAUACUUGCACACACCACUCCAUCAGGUGGCUUUGAAGAACUGUCGCGACACAUUCAACACGAUGUUACGUGCCUCACAAGGCAAGAUCCAAGCUUGCUUGGACUUUCUUGGAGAAGUGAAUCUCCACAACUUGUUGGCGCAGCUGUAUGCUUUAGCAGAGCGAGAGGAGAAGGAUGCCAAAGAGCUGCCAUAUGCACGUUUACUGGAAAUGUCAGCUGCCAUCUCCGUGAGAUUGCACCGAGUGCUGCCUCUGACGGAGAAGGAAAGCAAGUUUUUCAAUUUGGAGUACUUGCUGACCUCCAGUGCCAAUCAGGCUGGGGAUAGGAACAGCUUCAGCAUGGAAGUAACUGCUUAUAUGGGCAUAGCUGCAACCAGUGCUUGCGAUGAAGAGCUCGCGGCCAAGCGUUUGGCUGACUCUUGGAUUCAACUCGAGUGCGGUCACCAUGCUGGAACCAAGGAAUGCCUGCCGAAGGUGAACAGCGCGUUUCCCGAAAGUGAUGGCUACUGUGAGGACAUCUUGAGUCUGGCAGAGGAGUGCUGCGAAGGCCGUGAGCUGAAGGCAGACCAAGUUAUGACCUCCCGUCGCAUGCUAUCCUUGCUUCUGAAAUCGUCUGAGGAUGCGGGACGGGGGUUUGUCGACCAUGUGCUAUGGCCACUUCUUGAAGCGAAGCACUUUCAAUCUAAUGAUCUGCAAAAUGUGCUGACGUGGGCAGUCUGCACUCAGUUGGAGCGGUCGUGGACAGGCCGUGAAACGCUGUUCUUCCUGCAGGCCGUGUGGCGGGCAGUCUUCGAUCAUGGACGUGACUGGGACAUUGUCAAAGCGGCCAGUUCAAGCGAUGAUUUUGUCCAGCAGUUGAAGCUUCAAGCUGCUCUGGCAAAUGCGCUCACGGCUGCAUGCACUACAUUCCCGAACGCGACCGAGAACAUUCUUCUUGUCUUGGCCCAGCAUGAGUGGAUUAACAAGGAGGUGCGCUGCGGUGCCAGCAUUCAUCUCGUCCACAUCCUCAACAGAAGCCAUGGCCGGCUGGAGCUGGAAAAGGUCAAUAUCAAAGACGUGUACCGCUUGCUGGUGAGCUGCCCCGAUACUGAGACAAAGCACGAUGCUGAAGAGGCCAUCGGGCGGGCCGAGAAAUGGCCGCACUGGGUAUGUGAGACGUUCUUGCGCUGCUGGGUGCCAGAGUUGUCGGACGUGCCUCCAGAUUCCGAGCGAGAGGAGGCAUUCUUUAAGUGGCUUGGUGCCGAGCAUCAGCUUUCCCGGCCUGAGUUCGUGCUUCAGCGCCUGAAGUCUAACUCUGCCUUCAUCCACCACUUCCUUCAACAUGUGCCGGAUGGCCAUGACUGGGCUUUGGAGUGGCAAGCAAUCCAGGAGAAGCCUUGGCCUCGAUUGCGCUUGUUGCUGGACGUUUUUGGCUGCCUGGAAGGUUCUGAAGUGCCGCAAGGCCUGCAGUUCUUCAGGCAGCUGCGGCGUGUGGCAUUGUCGGGCCACCUGCCAAACUGCGCCUACACGCAGCUUGUGCAUGCUUCAGAGGGCCACUUCCCAAAGCAGAACCUCUUGAACCUCAUGGAUAACAUUGACGCACUGUGCGUCGAACCCACCAUGAGAUUUGUGGAGGAGGUGGCCGAGCUGGCACAGAAGCUGGAGGAUCUCCGCCUGGAGCUGCAACGUCAGCUCCAGUUGUUGGAGUGGCUGGUGGAUACUUAUCAGUUUCAAGAGCUCGAGCGGGACCGUAACAGGCUGAAGCAGCAGAUGGCCAAGAGUGAUGAUCGCACUCUGGUCGAGCUUCAAAGCCUCGUGCAAGCUACCUGCGAUGUCUUCAAAGGCUUCAGCCAGUCCGACAAUGGUCAAGAGACCAUCGAUUUCUUGCAGCACUUUAUGCGAGCGGGGUCGGCGCUGGUAAACCCUCUCCUCCAGCACUUUGCCCAAGUCUUCGCAGACGCUCAAGGGCAAAUGGUCGUCUGCGAGGCCCGGUGGGAGUUCGAGGACUUCAGACAGGUUGUAAAGCUCUGCCACGAAGAAGUGCGGACGUUGGCACUUGGCCCUACGGAAAGUAGCCCUGGGGAUGUGGACGCCGAGGUCUGGCGUUUGGUAGUGAAGGAGUUCGGGAAGCCGAAGGUCGCAAUGGAACGGGAGAUCAACUUGCUCCUGGAGUUCUUCGGGUGUGAUCCUGGAGAAAAGCAAGAUGGCGACGUGCCGCCUGGUCUCAUGUCCAGAAUCCGCGGGGUCUUUCAAAAGGGCCGGGGCUCCAAAUUGGAAGCUCGGCGUCAAAUGCUGACAGAUGCCUUCAGCGCACACGUGAUGGCUGGGCACGUGCCGGACGUGCAGCGGGCGUUGUGGCACAUGGGACUGGAUUGGGCUGUUCAGUCCGAGAUUUUCCAGCAACUACUCCUUCUGUCAGACUCAAUCCUCACAAGUGCCGUCGUGAACAUCGAGGCAGAUGCCCUUCGAUUGCAAGAGUUCCGACGCUGUGGGCUCGAGUUUGAAGAUGCCAGUGGCCUCCACAUCUUCCAGUCCCUCUCGCAGCACGCCUGCGUGUUUGAGUUCUUAGUGGAGCAGGGCUUCAGCGGGCCAGAUUGCUUGCAGCAGUUCAACCAGAAAGUCGUCCUCGUCCGGCAGUUCCUGGAGGAAGAAGUCGCAGUCUGUCCCCUGACUCUUGCCCACAAGGUUCGGCAAGCGCUGCUGGAAGAGCUUCAACAUUGUGCAACAGUGCUCUCUGGGUUCUUGGCGGCGAGGAAGCCGGAAAGCGAACCUGUCAGCAGCAACAUGCUUGUGGAGCUUCUGAGGGGACUAAGCCAGUGCAGACCCCGACCUCGCAUGGAGUCCUUCGCCACUGUCGCAGCACAGAUCAAGCUCAUCAGCAGCCUCUUUGCGGAUGUGGGCCGGCAUGGAGGGCAGGGCAGCAAGCUGCUCCUUUGGUCUGUCGACCAGAUUCUCACAGGGCAUCUUGUGUUGCAGGGCUACUGUGAGGAAUUCUACUGCCGGUACUCAUACAGAGUGGCAGGUGAAGAGCGCGCUGUGACCGUGUCGUCCACCAACUUGAAGGAGUAUUCCACGCGCAGCUUGAUGAGCCUGGAGGGCUUGAAGGAGCAACGUGACAAGUUCGAUCUGCUGCAGGCCUUUCUGGAGAAGGUGCGGGAGAUUGUGGCCAACGACACCGGGCUGGUGGCCACCGCCGCACAACUUCACAAGGCGGGACAUCCCAAGUUCCGGCGCGACGUUGAGAUUUCCAUGGCCGCCAACCUUGCCAUGGAGGCCCAAGCGCAGCUGGAGACCCUGGGCAGCUGGAAGGAGGAGGUUCGGAGCACCUUGGAGGCUGCACCUCUACUGGGCCUGGUGCCUCAGAGCCAGCUGCAUGCCUGGCUAGCCCAGGUUCAUACCGAUGGCCUCACACCGGAAGUGUUGGGCUCCAUGGUCGAAGGGCUUAGCAUCUGGACCCUCGGCACCUCAGAAGGCUUCGACAUGAAGUUGCUGAACUCAAGCAUCCCCUUCAGCCAGGCCCUCGAUGCCAGUGCUAGCUUGGCAGCACUGUGCGUCUGCUGUGAGGACCUGGAGGUGGCUCUGCCGGGUGCUCUGGGCCAGGUACCUCGGCCUGGACCUGGGCGCUUCAAGGUGCAGGCAAAGGACAGUGAUGAUGCGCUGAAGAAAUGUGCGCACCUUUUUCUUGCCAUGGAAGGGGGUCCAAACCGGCUCCCUCGACCGUCUGAAGUUCUCUUUUGCGAUGAUCGGGUCUCUGUGGAUGAGGUUCAAGCAUUCCUUUGGAGAUCGCAGAGGUUUCCACAGCUGCUCUUUGUCCUCGUCGAACCAAAUCGUCUGCCAGCGGAGGGCAAGAAGCGCAUCGCUGAGUGGCUGGCAAGCGAGGACGUCGGGGAGCGAAACUCAUCACUUGGGAUGAUCCUGACAUCUUCUUGGUACAUUCCUGCAUCUGCGCGCGUGCGUGAGAUGCAAGUUCGCCCAGACCAGGCCGUUCAGAUCUGGCAAGAUCAAUGUCCAGCCGAGGUCUUGAUCUACCGUACAGAGCAAGGCACUGGUCCUUCCUCUGGAAAGAGUACGUACAUCCGUCACCGGUGUGAGCUGAACAACGAGGAGUUGGUCAGUUGCAUGCUGCACGAAGGAUUUCAGCUCAGUCAGUUCAUUGCAGAGUCUCGGAGGCAGAUCCUGGAAUGUUGCCUUGCCGGCCGUCGAAUUGCAUUGCACGUCGAAGUCAACGCAUACAGUGACUGGGAACUUAGCAAUGCAUUCCUCAGACAUCUGUUGCUCUGCCAAGUCCUGUUCGAUCCUGCCUCAGGGCAGAUGGCCUCACUUCCUGAUGGCACGCGCAUUCACGUGGAGAUUGGAGCAAUUGCUGGAAAGAGGGAUCUUCACUCCCUGAGGCAGUACGCCACAGAAGAGACGAUGCAAGCGCGGUUUCCGCAGGAGCAUAAGGAUGGGAUCCAGCUCACGCUGUCUCUUCUCUAUCCAAUUCUGGAAAUUGUUGGGCGAGACGUGUCCUUUGAGGUCUCGGGGUUCCCGCUCCAACGUGGAGAGCUCCAUUACUUACCCAAUCCUCAUGAUCUCCUUGAAGAGCAGGUCCAUGCGCGGGUUGUUUGCAGUUCCUGCGGAGCGAUGCCUGUCCGGGGAGCAUGCUACACGUGCCAGGUUUGCCUCGACGUUGACCUUUGUGCGGCUUGCUACGCCGUGCACGAGCACGAUCCCAGCCACGGCUUUCGAGUGCGGCAGGCCACUGCCCUACCUUUCGGACUCAUGCAGGCCUCCUUGCAACCUCAUCCCCUGGAGGAGUCUCGACGCCUGCCAUCCGGACGAAUUAAUGUGGCCAUACUCAGUGAUAAGAAUAUGUCAAUCAGGCUGGAUGUCCGGCCGCGAGAUUUGGAGCUGCUGGAUUGCCUUCGGGAGAUGGGCGAGCAGCUUCCCCCUGGAGCCGAGCUUCUGGAUGGGUUGGGCGCAGAGAUGGAACAAGGAAGCAUCUGGGGGACGCCUGUGACCUUUCGCGACAUCGAUGUGCGGCGUUUUCAGCCGCCGGAGGAUGUGGGCAGCACCUUGCAGCUCUUUGGAGCAGAGUGCGGCCUUGAGGCCCCGACGCGGGCACACGAAGAUCUGGUGGUGCGGCGAGUGGCAAUACUGGGCAACUGGAUGACGAAAUCCCAAACCUUCAGGGGCUCGGAUGGCCAGGAGUUUGCCGGGCUCGCAUCACUUCUGAUGCGCUGCAUGGGUGUCAACCUCCAAAAGCUCGGGGUCGGUGAGGAAGUUUGCUUGCACCUGGUAGUGCCUUACACCCAACAUGCCCAGGAGGACUAUGUGAUUUUCGUGCCUAGCUUGGUGCAGAACCCCUUGCAGCCGGAUGAAAGCGUGUGCUGCCAUGGGCCUUUCUGUGACUGCAACCAGGUUCGGAUUCAGUUGCUAGAGCUGGUUCCGAACAAGGUGCUGGUCGCCGACCCCAUCUUCAGCACCGGCCUGCUGACCUCUGCAGAGGAGGACGAACGCCAGGGCAUCGAGGCUUUGGUCUGCGCCUUCGGCAUCCACCACAACCGCAUUCGGGAGAUUUUCGCCGAAGAAGGCUACGUGCUGACACGCGACUUCGCAUGCAAGAUCCUGGAGCUCCUGGCUCGACGCAGGUCGCGUGUCGCGACCGUCCUGGUGGGUGAAAGUGGGACGGGCAAGACCCGCGCCCUUGAGAUGUUGACGAUGCUUCUCCAAGAGUGUGACGAAGUACGUCCACCUCUGGCCAAAGUCUUGUACAAUUUCAUGAGGGACAAGCUGGUGGAGUUCAAGGACGCCCAUCCUCGCAGUCGAGCUGUUGGCCUUGUGGAGGGGAUUCUGGACACGUUCCCUGACUUCAAUCUGCUCCUCGAAGACGUCGAUGGCUUCACUGUAAGAGGCUUGAAGGACAUGCUGACCAACACGGCUCUCUACAACCAGGCGCCCAUCUUCACUCGCAAGGAGCUUCUCCAGUUGCACCUGCUCCUGCAGCACCUGCCGCUGGAUGACACGGAAUCAGACACGGUGGAAGCUGCUCAGAGGGCGCUGCAUCGCAGCCAGCAUGAGUGGAGGAGCCUCAGCAACGAUGCCAAGGAGGUGGAGCGUCAGAAAAACAGCUUUCUGUUGGUCCUCCACCGAGCCCAAGGCGAUGCAGCAGGCGCUUACUUAACACUUGGCCUUUCCACAGAGAAUCCUCCAAGCUUCGACUCGGCUGCAGAUGAAGCAGAAGAGAUCGCGCAGGAUGCAGAGGAUGUGGCUGAAGAAAGCCUUCUCUUUGCCCUGCACGCCAUUACGCUUCUGCCGCCGGAGCCCAUCUUCUUCCGGGUGCAGGUCCAUGCGGCGUUGACUGCAGCAGAUAUCGAGGUGCAGCUUCAACCGGCAUUUGCUGCCUCUGAGCGUGAGCCUGACAUGACCGUCAUUGUUUUCCUGGACGAGCUGAACACUGCGUCCUGCCUGGGCUUUGUGAAGGCUAUCCUGUGUGACAAGUUCCUCGUGAGCAAGUACGCGAACCUCUUCAUCGUUGCGGCAGCAAAUCCUUAUCGCGAGGAAGGGUGUGAUACGGAUCUUGUGCUGCGUGGUAGCACCACCGUCAUGCGGGAUUUCUUCCAGGUGCAUCCGCUGCCCCCUUCAUUCCGACCCUACAUUUGGAACUGGAAGUCGCCCAAUGCUGACGAUGAGGAGAGGUAUGCCUUGCUUCUCCUCCACAGACGGGAUCCGGACUUGUGCCGCUUUGCCAGGGCCAUCGCCGAAGCGCAGGACUUCAUGCGGACUGAGCUACGGUCAGAGUCGGCAGUUUCACAGCGAGACAUAAUCCGUGUGGUUCGCUUGCUGAGCUUCUUCCGGCAGUAUAGCUUUGCGGUGACCGAGAUCAACGAACGCUGCCGCGCAGCUCGCGCUUUGCUUCUGGCCCUUGGAGUGUCCUUCUACCUGGGCCUCAAUAGGAACCAACGAGAGAGAUUCACAGAGAGAGUGACAGCCCGUCACUACGCAGAGAUCUUCGCGGAGGAGACCUGUCACAGUCUAGAUCUUCCUACAGUCCUUACAGAAGAAAUGGACGUCUACAUGAAGAACAUUCAGCUGCCAGCAGGUAUUGCCUUGACGCGAGCUUUGAAGGAGAACAUCUUCGCUGUCAUCGUCGGCAUCCAGUGCAACAUCCCUGUGAUGAUUGUUGGCAUGCCAGGAACAGGGAAAACUCUUGCAGUGAACAUCGCCACAGAUGUGCUGCGUGGAUCUGCUGCGGUGCCCUUCUUCCGCGGGUUUUGUGACGUGGCCAACUCGGUCUUCCGCUACCAAUGCUCCAAGGACAGCACUUCUCGCCAGAUUCACGAGGCAAUGAGCUGUAAAGUAAAGAAGUGGAGCAUUCUGAUGUCAAGACGUGCACAAAGUUUGCAGGGUUGGUUAUGA